GGCUCGCUUGUCCUGAUGCGCAACACAGCCAUAGAAAAGGUGCUCAAUCGGAAGAUGCAUCCACAUCACUCAGGACCUUUGCUAGUAAUUUCUAGGAAUCAGGGAGGAGCGUAUAUUUUGGCCAAACUUGAUGGAUCGGUCUUUGAUUGGCCAGUUGCAGCAUUCCGCUGA